AUGGAUGAUCAGCAUAUUAUUGUUCCCAUUGACAAGAUAGAAGAUGGUGAAGGAAGCAGCGGCCACGACCAGCCUGCCAUUAACAUGGAGUUGGAGGAAAGGUAUAUAAAUUUUAUGGCAGAAGGAGACCAAAUGAGAGCGGUGGAAGCCCUUGGAACCAACCGCCCACCAGCAAAAAUACAGAAGGUUAUAUUCUUGCUGCGAGAUCACAAGCAUUUCAUCAAGUACUUUGAGCCAAGAGUGGCGUCGCUCGGUCCUAUCCAUCAUGGCAACACAAAGUACCAGCUAGGAGAAAAGUACAAGCUUAAAUUGGCCUAUGAGUUCGUCCAAGGUUGCGAGAAGGGUAUAAAUCUUUUAUACAAGGUCGCAAAGGAAAUCAAGCAACUGAGAGAAUGCUUCGAGGAGGAGGUGACGAAGAAAUAUGAUGACAAGGCUCUCGCCUGGAUGUUGUUCGUGGACGGCUGCGCAAUACUACAGUACAUAUUCUGCGCUGCAAAAAACAAGUUCGUAGAGUUGAAUAUAAAAGACGACAGCGUAGCCUUCGCUCAACAGGAUUUGUUCUUGUUGGAGAACCAAGUCCCCUAUGGUCUCCUCAAGUUAUUGAUGAGCUUGAGCGGGAAUGAAACUGAGUUGAGUGAGUCGAUUCAAAGUUACAUUCAAAACGUUACUUAUCAGCAAACGAAGCCGCAACUAAAACAAGAAGAAACAGACCCAACCCAUCUUCUUGACCUUCUGAGAACAACACUCUUGGGUCCCCUGCCACACCCGAAACCCACCAACUCAUCUCGUAGAUGUCCAUUCACACAUCAACGCGACCCAGAUUGGCAAUCGUAUCGGAAUGUGCAGGAGCUGAAAGUAGCAGGAAUCCAUUUGAAACGUAGCAAGAAGAAUAGUUACUUGAGAAACAUAUGUUUCACUAGACGAUUUGGUUUCUACCCGGGAUACCUUUGGCUUCCUCCAAUUACAGUGGACGACUCAACCGGCCCCAAGUUCAUGAACUUGAUAGCUUAUGAAAUGUGCUUGGAUUUCGAGAACGACUUUGGCAUCAGCUCUUAUAUAUCCUUCCUAGAUUCACUCAUCGAUGAAGCCAAUGAUGUCAAAGAUCUGAGGAAGGCACGCAUACUCCUCAACUUCCUCGGCAGCGAUCAAGAAGUGGCUGACCUCUUCAAUGCGAUAGGCACCGACUUGGUGCCUAACGCCGAAGCGUAUAAGGAUGUCAAAAUCCAGGUUCAGGGGUACUACGAAAACAGUUGGAUGACAUGGAUGGCUCAAGUCCUUCAUGAUCAUUUCAGCAGCCCAUGGACUAUCAUUGCUUUCUUGGGUGUAUUAUUGCGACUUGGUCUAACUGCCACUCAGACUUGGUACGCAGUCGACUCUCCCCCUGGCCCCUGCGAUGACUUCUGCAAGCUCAAAUUACCAUAAAACUUAACAUGG